AUGCCUCCUCCUGCCCCCACAUAUAGCUUAGAUGUGCCCAGCUACAUCAGCAUCGAAUAUCCCCUUCGUGUUAAUAAUGUUUCUCGAGCAAUUGACAUGGUGGGCGGCUCCAGUCAAAUUAGUGAGUGUUUCAUUGACCCAGAAAUGGACCUUCAACUCAAAUUGAGACCGGACGAUCCUUAUUCGCAUCCAAUCAACUCGGCCAAGAUCAUCUCGGAUGAGAAUGUUUUGUUUAAGCUUCGUGUUCCCAAGAAAAUUCUGGCCAAUCAUAUUGGAGACGUUCGUGGUGCACUAGAGGAAUGCGAAUCUAAGGGUAGGGACUAUACGGUAGAACCAGUGGGUCUUCUCGGGAAAACGUACCGAUUUAGGACGUUGGCAGACUUUCAGAAGUUGUCUCGAGACUCAAAAUUCACUCACCAGUUUGACGCGUCGCUUAAUACAGGCGAUUUUGGCGAGAUCAAGCAGUUCUCCAACUCAAUCAGAUCGGACUUCGUUGCAAAUCAGCACUACGACAACAGAAAUAUGGAUAUUCCCCCAUUAGUUCGAUACGCAAGGGCAGAUGUUCCAUUUAACUAUAGAUACACGGGAAACUUGCUUCUUGAUGAAAGCGGAAAAUGGCAAAACAAAGCUGUCAAACUUCAUACGAUUUUCGUUGACUGGGGUAGAGAACCGCCGCAAACAUUCGACCCAGUUCUUCAGGAAGAAUACGACAAAGCUGUGCGCGACUAUAGCACCUUGAAAGAUACCCUGCCUACACGUUUAGCGGACGAAUCUCCCGUGUAUUACUUCCUUGAAUGUAUCAAGCUACUACGGAAGCUAUUCGAUAUGAAGCCAAUUUGGCUAAGAAGACAUGUUCAUUGGAUGCUUCCGGAGAAGUUUCGGACCCAAUUGAGAUAUGCUCUUCCAUAUGUGGCAUAUACUACGACGAAAGGUCCUUGGAGACAAUCGUUCAUCAGAUUUGGAUACGAUCCUGCCAAAGAGUCAAGUGCCGCUCCAUUUCAAGUGGAAGCUUUCCGCAGUAACCGGAACCACGUUACAGACAGCCAGGUGCAACGUAUGGUGGAUAACGGUGAGGAUGUAUACAUUAUUCCAGAGACUUUAUAUCAGUAUCUUGACGAGUUCAGCGACACGAACUCGGAAUUGAACAAGCUACAGAUUGGUAAGGUUCCCCGGCAAUUCUUUUUUGAUGGUGAAAACCCUACAUCGGUAGUGUCGUUUCAAAUCGGUGAUAUUAUGGACGAAGAUGUAAAGCAAAUACUCAGAGGAGCUACUAUUAGUGAUGCAUGUCAUGAAGGAUCUGGUUGGUACGAUUGGGUGACUAUAUGCAGAUUACGAGCAGUUGUCAAGUACAAAUUGGGAUGCAUUAAUGAGGGAAGAGCCGUUUCAGAGCCUCGUGUGGUUGAAUUGUCCCAGAGAACGCAGUUUUCUAAGAAUCAGUACGCACAUAUCAAGCCUGAGAGUCAAGGGGAGGACGGGGAGGAGGAGGGCGAGGAAGAGGUUGAAGCAGAAGAGACGGAGGAAGGAGAAGUAGAAAACGAGGCGGAUGAUGAGUCUCAAACUGAGGACGAUAAGUCAUCAGAGAAAGAUGAUAUCAUCAGGAGACUUGAGAUGUUUAAUCCUGAAAGUAAGAAUCUACUUGAAGAACUACAUGGGUUGAUUAAACAGGAAGAUGUAAUGGAUGUUGAAUGGAAAGGGCAGUGA